AUGUCGUCAGCUCUAGUUGCAGGAACCACCUCCACAUCUUGCUCUGCAACCUUUAGCAAGAACCACUCCGUUAAAACUACCGCAGCUACAUCUACAAAAUCACUCAUUUCCUCUCAUUGCGGCCAGAAAACCAACUUUCAAGGACUAACACUUCAAGAUGGCAAAAGGGGUUGCUCAGAUAUCUUCAUGCCUAAUAACAAAAGCAGCAGUUUCGUCAAUGUAAGAACAGGGCUUCGGGUCACUGCCAGGACAGCUGGGGCUGCAAAGACAAUUGAGGUUGAGGUUGACAAGCCACUGGGGCUCACUUUGGGUCAAAAGGCUGCUGGUGUUGUAGUAAUCGCUGCUGUAGAGCGGGGUGGGAAUGCAGCCAAAUCAGGGCUAAAAGCAGGGGACCAGGUACUCUACACUAGUAGCUUCUUUGGGGAUGAACUUUGGCCUGCUGAUAAGCUGGGGUUUACUAAAACUGCCAUCCAAGCAAAGCCAGAUUCUGUUUAUUUUGUUGUUAGCAGAGGGGCAGAAGUAGAUGUCAAACGGCUGCCGAAGCGUCCUGCCCCUCCUCGCUUUGGAAGGAAGUUGACUGAGGCCCAAAAGGCUAGAGCAACUCACAUAUGCCUUGAUUGUGGAUUUAUAUACACCUUACAGAAACCUUUUGAGGAGCAGCCGGAUGCAUAUGUAUGCCCACAAUGUAGCGCACCAAAGAAGAGAUUUGCUCGAUACGAUGUGAACACUGGAAAAGCAGUAGGAGGUGGAUUGCCUCCUAUUGGGGUCAUUAUUGGGCUGCUGGCUGGAGUUGGUGCAGUUGGUGCAUUGCUUGUUUAUGGUCUUCAAUGA